AUGGCCAUCGGCACCGAGACUAUCGCCGCCGCUACCGCUACCCUCGGCACCAGGCGGCCGCGUCAUUCCCGCACUGCCGCCUCCUUCCGCUUCCGUCCCACACCGCAGCUAUCAGUCGCCGUCGCCGCCUCCGCGUCCGUCCGCUGCAAGGCCAAGGCUCACGAGGAGGAGGGUGACAGCAAGGCCUCCGCCGCCAUCGACGACCAACUCGUGCUGGAUGUAGCAGAGUCGACCUGGGAUGACCUCGUCCUUCGCUGCGAGUCUCCAGUGCUCGUCGAGUUCUGGGCACCAUGGUGCGGCCCUUGCCGUAUGAUGCACCCUAUCAUCGCAGACGUGGCGAAAGCAUAUACCGGCAGGCUGCGGUGCCUCAAGCUCAACACUGACAAGAACCAGGAAGUGGCUACAAGGUACGGCAUCAGAAGCAUCCCCACCAUCUUGAUUUUCAAGAACGGGGAGAGGAAGGAGACGGUGAUCGGGGCUGUCACCGACACCACGCUGGCAACAACGGUCGAGAGGUUCUUGUAG